GAUGUGUUGUUCGCCGCCGUCCGUUCGAGCCAUCUCCCCCGGCUCACCCAUCGAAAAAUCUGCACCUCGCUCGGCGCAAGCAAGAGCAGCGUGUUGGUGCUACGCGCGCCACCCGGUCCGGAGUUAUUAGUGUCGCGACUCUUGCGCUCGCUAGUCAGUCUGACAGAGUUCGAUCUCGAGGAAGGUUCGCGCGGUAGAAGUGUCUUAUAAUCGGCAAUCGAAAGCAAAACAUCAGAAACGGUUCGCAAACAUCUCGCUCGCAAAAAUAACAACAACAACAACAGUGUGUUCAUCAUGGAGAUGAAAACCAUCUCGCAGAAGAAACGAGUUUCGGGGGACCUGUCGACCAACGGUGACCACAAUGGGGAAAGUGGUACCGCUUCGAAGGAAACGUUGAAGCCGGGUUCGAAGAUUCGCCCGGACGUCACCGAGGAGGACGUCCGGAAGCUGCUGGAGCGGCUGUACGGCAUCAUAGUGCUCGAAAUGGGCGAGAUGGAUUCGUACGAUGACAAGAACUUUCUGAUACAGGCCGACACGUUGAUCAAAAACCCCAUCCUCAAGACGUACAGCCCGACUGGGUACGUGCUGAAAAUAGCGAACUCCUUGGACUCGGAAGAUGAGCUGUUUUUCGAAGGCCAAACGGAAAUUAUGCAGCUGCUGCGGGCCCACCACAUCACCUGUCCGACACCGGUUCAAAACAUCUUCGGAAAGUAUCACUCCAUAGAGAAGUUCGCCGAUGGAAAGCAUAUCGUCCGACUGUUGGAAUUCAUCCCCGGUAAAGUGUUCCACGGCGUACCACAUCCCGAUCGGUUGUUCUACGAGGCGGGGACAUUUAUCGCUAGGAUUGACUCCGCUUUAAAGAGUAUCAAACACCAAGGUAUCCUAAAACGGCAAUCCAUCUGGAUGCUGGACAACGUUCAAAAACUGAAGGACUUUUUGUACGUAAUUAAAGAUGAACAGCAUAAGGACAUCAUCGAACAGGUGUUGGAGGCUUUCGAAAAGCGAAUCAUUCCCAAUUUGGACGAAUUUGAAGCAGGUGUGAUCUACGGCGAUUUCAAUGAACACAACAUUAUCGUUAGUCGAAAGGACGAACAAGUGAAGGAAUACGAAAUUACGGGCAUCAUAGAUUUCGGCGAUUGUUGCUACUCGCGAUAUGUUUACGAGCUUGCGAUCGCUAUGGCAUACAUGAUGCUGGAGUCGAACGAUUUGGACACGGGCGGUUUGGUCAUGGCUGGGUACAGCAUGCUGAGAGUCAUUCCUCAGCACGAAAAGAAUGUGCUGCGUGUGGCAAUUGCGGCUCGGUUGUGCCAGAGUUUGGUGCUCGGUUUGUACACGUCCACCGUCGAUGAGUCCAAUCAGUAUAUUCUGUCGACUCAAUCUCGUGGGUGGAAGAUCCUCGAGGCGCUGUGGGCGGAGAAGGAUAAGGACAUUCUGGAACGAUGGGAGACGGUAGCUGACCAGUAUCUGACUCGAAGUGAUAAGUGAAUGCAUUUCAAAGAUUUCCAUGCUUUAAAACACAUAUCAUAAGUGUCCUUAUGGAUGACAAAAGCAAUUGCAACUACAAUACGUAUAUAACUAGUAGCAUGGUAGAAUGAAACUGAGAUCAAUUAUGUAGUAAAGAUUAAGCUUUAAGGUUAAAAAUGACUUUGUUUCGACCUCAUUCACAGUAGCGUAAGUUUUAACUAUAUUAAUAAGCAACGUUAACCAAUAAAGCUCGAUUUGUUUUAGCCAAAGGAAAUAA